AUGGAGCAGGAGCAACGCGAGUUUCUCGCCAGAGAACGCCUGGAUGCCUUGGAGCGCGAGCGCCUCAGGAAACAACGCGACCUGGAUGCGCGUCGCCAGAUCCAGGAACUCACGGAUCGCUUGGUCCACGCUGAGAUCGGCCGAGGAGAAGCGGAAUGGCGUGCACAGGACGUGGAAGCUCGCCAGACCCAGAGUUCCACUGAAACUCAGGGGAUGACCCAGAGUAUCACGGAAGCUGUACGUCUCGAGCGUGAGCGCCUGGAUGCCCCCUACGCCGAGCGCCGGCAACAGCGCGAAGCCGAAGCCGACUCGGAGCGCGCGCGCUGGGUUUCCAAGACCUACGCGGGCUGGAAGGAACAAAUGUCGACUAUGGAGCAGAAGGUUCAAGCGCUUGAGGCGGGGAGAGAGCGAGAGCGGGAGUCUUGCGGGAAUAUCCAGCGUUUCCACGCUGGCCAAGUGCGCGACCUUCGUGCAACAUUGGCCCAAGUUCAAGCGCGUCGUGCAACCGCUGCCCCUCAUUUGGCAACAAAUGUGAGGUCGUCAGUGACUCAGAACUCUGAAGUUGCAACCCAACCCCAAGAAUCCAGUGGCGUAAUCAACGGAAACGCAAGUGUCGCAGGCCAGAGACGGGAGACAGCUGAUCCGAAGAACACUUCCGAAGUCGCCGACUCCCAGCUAAGAGCGACCCUCGCGCUGACUUCCGCCGACACUUCCGGCAGAAUCACGCGCGUCAAGCGGGGACAUGGCGCUUCGGAGACCAAGGUGACGUAG